AAAGGAAUGGAGUCGGUAAAACAAAGGAUUUUGACUCCCGGCAAGGAGGGACUGAAGAAUUUUGCUGGAAAAUCGCUUGGUCAACUCUACAGAGUCCUAGAGAAGAGGCAGAAGCCCGGGGACACCAUCGAGCUGACCGAAGAUGGGAAGCCCAUGGAAGUGCCCGAAAAGAAAGCCCCGUUGUGCGACUGUACCUGCUUCGGGCUGCCCCGGAGGUACAUCAUUGCCAUCAUGAGCGGACUGGGAUUCUGCAUUUCCUUCGGGAUCCGGUGUAACUUGGGAGUGGCCAUCGUGGAUAUGGUCAAUAACAGCACCAUACACCGAGGAGGAAAAAUUAUAAAAGAGAAAGCGAAGUUUAAUUGGGAUCCUGAAACGGUUGGCAUGAUCCACGGCUCUUUUUUCUGGGGGUACAUCAUCACGCAGAUCCCCGGAGGGUACAUCUCAUCCCGGCUGGCAGCGAACAGAGUGUUUGGUGCUGCUAUCCUGCUGACAUCUUCCCUCAACAUGCUGAUCCCAUCUGCAGCCAGGGUGCACUAUGGAUGUGUCAUCUUCGUCAGGAUCCUGCAGGGCCUUGUGGAGGGGGUCACCUACCCUGCCUGCCAUGGCAUUUGGAGCAAGUGGGCCCCCCCACUAGAGAGAAGUAGGUUAGCAACCACUUCCUUUUGUGGUUCCUAUGCAGGAGCUGUGAUUGCAAUGCCUUUAGCUGGGAUUCUGGUGCAGUACACGGGGUGGUCUUCUGUGUUCUAUGUGUAUGGGAGCUUUGGUAUAGUCUGGUACAUGUUUUGGCUUUUGGUUUCCUAUGAGAGUCCUGCAAAGCAUCCUACAAUCACAGAUGAAGAGAGGAGAUACAUAGAAGAGAGCAUUGGAGAGAGUGCCAACCUCCUAGGUGCAAUGGAAAAAUACAAAACACCAUGGAGGAAAUUUUUUACAUCUAUGCCAGUCUAUGCAAUAAUAGUUGCAAACUUCUGUAGAAGCUGGACUUUUUACUUGCUGCUAAUUAGUCAGCCUGCUUACUUUGAGGAAGUGUUUGGAUUUGAAAUAAGCAAGGUGGGUAUCUUAUCUGCUGUGCCACAUUUAGUGAUGACAAUUAUUGUUCCUAUUGGGGGACAAAUUGCUGACUUUUUAAGAAGCAGGCAGAUUGUUUCAACCACCAAUGUGAGAAAGAUAAUGAACUGUGGAGGUUUUGGGAUGGAAGCAACUCUUCUCCUCGUGGUGGGAUAUUCACACAGCAAAGGAGUGGCUAUUUCAUUCUUAGUGCUUGCUGUGGGCUUUAGUGGAUUUGCCAUAUCUGGAUUCAAUGUCAACCACUUAGACAUUGCCCCAAGGUAUGCUAGCAUUUUAAUGGGCAUUUCUAAUGGAGUCGGGACCUUGUCUGGAAUGGUUUGCCCUAUAAUUGUUGGAGCAAUGACAAAGAACAAGACACGUGAAGAAUGGCAGUAUGUCUUCCUCAUUGCUGCUCUGGUGCACUAUGGAGGUGUGAUCUUCUAUGGCAUAUUUGCUUCAGGAGAGAAGCAGCCCUGGGCAGACCCUGAACAGACAAGUGAAGAGAAAUGUGGCUUUAUUCAUGAAGAUGAACUUGCUGAGGAGACAGGGGACAUUACUCAGAAUUAUGUAAAUUAUGGUACCACCAAGUCUUACGGUGCUACGACCCAGGUCAAUGGUGGCUGGCCUAAUGGCUGGGAGAAAAAAGAGGAAUUUGUACAAGAGGAAGUACAAGACUCAUACAACUACAAGGAAAGAGAUUAUUCAUAA